CGGCACGCUCAAUCCUUUCUCCAAAAAACCCCCAUCUCUUCUCCCGAACUCCGGAACGAUAUCGGAUUGCACAGAGGAGAUGAGCAUGAAGGUGAAGAAAGGGUGGCUUGCCGUUCAAGUUGGGUCAACCGACGAAGGAGAAGGAGGAGAGAAGGGAAUCCAGAGAUUUGUGAUUCCAAUUUCAUACCUCUACAAUCCUCUGUUGCAGAGCCUUCUAGAGAGGGCUCGUGAAGUGUACGGCUACCACGCCGACGGCCCCUUACGCCUUCCCUGCUCCGUCGACGAUUUCCUCCAUAUUCGGUGGCUGAUUGAGAAGGAAGCUGCAACUUCCGCCGCCGCCAGGAACCGCCACGACCGCUACCACCACCAUCUGCCCACUUCUUUGUCCUUUCACUCUUGUUGAUGAAGAUGAAUAUUACAUACUCCGUAGUAUUGUUUUCUGUUACCACGAUUCUGCUUAAUUUUUAACUACGAUCUUCAUCUUUUACCGUCGGAACGACCUUUUUGUUUUUGUUUUUGUUUUAUUAUUAGAUAUAGAUCUGGGGUAGUUUUUAACGGAAUCGAGAAGUUUUGAGCUCCUGUUUAUGUGCUUCCCUUUAAUUAAUUAAUUACUUGACUAAUUUAUUUAUACCGAAAAUUUCAAUGGACGAAUUGGAUACUCGCUCAA